AUGGCGACAAAUCCUCGUCCGUUGUCCAAUCAGGAUUUUGGUUAUUUGUGGUCUCUCAGUAAAGUUGGAGCUAGAUCGCAGCUUGUGGCAAUGUCAGGAGUUGUCAUUGCUUUUGUAACUGGUAUGUAUGCUACUUUAGCACAUUCAGUUGGUCUCGCUGUUACUGUCUGUGGCAUCAGUUGCAUCUCUUUCAUUAUAUGGGCUGUGCUGAGGCCAGUAUGCUGGAUAAGUCUGGAAAAUUCUUCCGCACCAGCACCUCAGAAGGGAGCUACUUCAGCUGACGAGAGCGGUCGCAACCGGCUGUCUACCUUAUCUUAUUUGACGCCAUAUGUGGCUGUUGGUUUUAGGUUUCAGCCCGAUGUGAUUACAGAACCUUUCUCUAUUUCCACUCUAAUGGGUGAUUCUGUUGGUGCUAGGAGGAUGAUGAUGGUGCCGAUACCGAAGACGGUGUCAGAGAGUAAUGAUCAAGAAGACAAAGCUAAGAGAGAUGAAAGAAUGGUUGAAAAUAUUAUGAAGGCAGCUCAAAUACACUUAGUUGUGGCAUCUCUAUUAAUGACAGUGACCUUCACAGCUGGUUUUACGUUACCAGGAGGUUUUGAAAGCGAUACUAAUAGUCCUAAUAAAGGGAUGGCGAUUCUAUUAAGAAGAACAGCAUUCCAUGCAUUUGUCAUUUCUGAUGUCAUCGCCUUUGCGUGCUCCGCUGCAGCUGUAUUCGGCUACUUUCUCAUGGCAACAAAGUCAAUAUCAUCUGCAACAACAGAGCUAAAAGCUAUUAUCCGGCUUUAUAAUAUGGCAAUUCUGUUGCAGCUUCUGGCAAUGACAGCAUUCGUAGUUGCAUUUUCAACUGGUUUGUAUGUUACUUUAGCACAUUCUGUUGGUCUCGCCGUUACUGUCUGUGUCAUUGGUGCCAUCUCUUUUUAUAUGGUCUGCUAUAUGAUUCUUCUUUCAGAAAAUUAACAAUUGCAUCAUUUUGCCAUCUUCAUAUUUGAUGAUGUCCCUACAUAAUUAAUGUACCUUAACACUAUGCCUUUACUCUUUCAGUCUAGACAAA